AUGCUCGGACACGUCAUGCGAGCCAUCCACCUGUGCCUGGUAGUCUCGGCGACGUUGCUGGAGGGAUUGGCGGCGAUCGCUUGGACAUCAUCCACCAAGUGCGGCUCCACGGCCGUGGCCUGCCCCGGGAAGGAUGGGCAGCCCAUCUGUUUGCCUAAGACUCUGUUGCAAAAUGAAACUUCGGGAUUAUGUGAGCUAAAAGGUUGCCCAACCGACCAUGCGCAGCUUAGGGCUGAAGGCUUCACAGGAUGUGUCCCAUUCGUAUGCCCCAUCGGAUACGUGGACUGUGGGGAGAACGAGAAGUCGUGUCAGUUCAUGUGGACCCCGGAUCAGAAGGACUCCACGCUGACGCGGUACAACGACCGGACGGGAGUGUGCGGCUUCGAGGGCUGUCCCGAUGAUCAUCAACCGUGCAACAUCCGCGACAGGGGCAACAAGAAGGUCUGCGUCCCCUACUGGCACAUCAAGACGAUCAUCAACGAGGACCAAUGCCAUCUCAUCAACCCGAACGAGCUGCAGCGGCUGAAGCCGGCGAAGGAGUGUGCCGGAAUGGACAACACACUUGCCUGCUGGGCUGGAAAUGACUACACGUGCAUCGGGUUCGACAGGAUCACGUCGAUGAGCUUCGACGAGGAAAACAGGACGAUCUGCCACUUUGCACAAUGCCCAAAAGAGGGACAGAUCGCGUGCGCAGGCGAGUGUCAGACCAUCGAGGACGUGAAAAAUGUGAAAACUGAUGGGGAAUGCGAAUAUCGCCGGCUGCACCGCGGUCAGGUGAUCAUGAUCAUCUCCUGCUCCAUCAUCGGCAUCGUGGUGGUCAUCGUGCUUUUUGCACUGCUGGUCCGCGUCAUCGUCCGCAGACGCAACAGGGGCAAGACGGCCAACCGAGUAUCCAGCAAUGAAUCGCGUCGCGAGCCGAAGAGCGACAGCAACGAGAAGCGCCCUUGGAUGCCCUCCAAAAACCCGAAGGCCUUCAACGAAAAGCCCCAACGCCUUUAUGGAACGGAGCUGAAAAGUACAGCUAAGGUUGUUAAGGCAAUGCUGUUCGUCUACCUGCUCGUCCUCGUCCUCCACACUGGCGAGCUCGGCGCCCAGAAUACGACGGUUUCUCCAGAUUUUUGUGUCGAGCCCGGAUGCCCAUAUUGUGCGCAAUAUUGGAGGGUGUGCCCCGGAAAAGACGGGCUGCCUCUUUGCGUGCUCAGGAAUUUUCUGGUCGAUCCUGAUGCCCCAGACUGUAACUACAAGGAUUGCCCAUCGGGCGAGGCCCGGAUCAACCUGAACAUCGAUCGCGAUGUGAUUAGCUGCGCGCCUGUCAGCCGCCUCGUCAAUGCCUCACUCGCGCAGUUUUGGAUGUGGGAAGGUUGCACGAAGCGACGCGAAGUGAAUUGCGGAACGUGGACUCCGAUUUGCCUAACCGACGACGACCUCAAGGACUACAACAUCACCAAGGGAGGCUGCAUCACUACGGGCUGCACGGAAAAGCCCGGCACCCAUCCGUGCAAGAUUGGCAAUGAAGUGCAAUGCAUUCCUUACGACGAUCUGAAGGAGGUGUGCUACGCAAAAGAUGGGGCCCCAAUUUGCGCGCUCAAACGUAACCUCGUCGAUCCGGAAGCCCCCGGCUGUAACUUUAUCGGUUGCCCAACGGGCGAGGCCAAAAUCCAGGUCGUCUUCCGGAACGUCACCUGCGCACCGCUCAACCGUAUCGUCAACGCGUCACUCAGCAAGUUUUGGAUGUGGGAACACUGUACAAAGCAAAGGGACAUCGAUUGCGGAACGUGGACUCCGCUUUGCAUUUCGGCGAACCUACUCGAUGACUACAACAUCACCAAGGGAGGCUGUAUCGCGCGAGGCUGCGGCCCCGAUAAACCCGGUACGCACCCGUGCAUGGUGGAAGGCGGGGUGCAAUGUAUCCCCUACGACGACCUGAAGACGAUCAGUUCGACCGGGAAAGGUGAUGAGUGCAUUCGCGCCACGCCGGCGGACAAAGCUGCUGCGGCUGCUGCUGUUGCUGCCCAGGAGAAGACCGAACCAAAAGAGGAAACAUCAUCCGCCAGCCGAUCUUUGACGUGCGGCAUCUCGACCCUGACAAUGCUUGCCACGAAACUGAUCACCAACAAUCAUUACAUAAGCGCGAUGUUCGAUCACACGCUUCAAGCGUUCUCGGUUUGCGCCGUUCUCUCAACGGUGUUGGCGCGCGGAGUUGCUACCACGGCAUGGGCAACGCCUCCGAAUUGCGGAACAACAGCUGUAGCCUGCCCCGGGAAGGAUGGGCAACCGAUAUGCGUGCUGAGGCAGCAGUUGAAAAACGAGACUUCGGACAUCUGCGACCUCAAAGGGUGCCCGAUAGGCCAUGCCUUGCUGGCGGACGAAGAGUUCGAAGCAUGCGUCCCAUUCGAAAUGCUCAGCGAGGGCACGCUUCCGGAUAAUUGGAAAUGGGCGGGAUGCCCGUACGAGAACCAGGUCGAUUGUGGAACGCGCGGCAUUUCGCUCUGCGUCCCGACCAAGUCGAUCUCAAAGUACAACCACACGACGAUGCUGUGCACCUUGACCGUAUGCCCCAUCGGAUACGUGGACUGUGGGGAGAACGAGAAGUCGUGUCAGUUCAUGUGGACCCCGGAUCAGAAGGACUCCACGCUGACGCGGUACAACGACCGGACGGGAGUGUGCGGCUUCGAGGGCUGUCCCGAUGAUCAUCAACCGUGCAACAUCCGCGACAGGGGCAACAAGAAGGUCUGCGUCCCCUACUGGCACAUCAAGACGAUCAUCAACGAGGACCAAUGCCACCUCAUCAACCCGAACGAGCUGCAGCGGCUCAAGCCGGCGAAGGAGUGUGCCGGAAUGGACAACACACUUGCCUGCUGGGCUGGAAAUGACUACACGUGCAUCGGGUUCGACAGGAUCACGUCGAUGAGCUUCGACGAGGAAAACAGGACGAUCUGCCACUUUGCACAAUGCCCAAAAGAGGGCCAGAUCGCGUGCGCAGGCGAGUGUCAGACCAUCGAGGACGUGAAAAACGUGAAAACGGAUGGGGAAUGCGAAUAUCGCCGGCUGCACCGCGGUCAGGUGAUCAUGAUCAUCUCCUGCUCCAUCAUCGGCAUCGUGGUGGUCAUCGCGCUUUUUGCACUGCUCGUUCGCGUCAUCGUCCGCAGACGCAACAGGGGCAAGACGGCCAACCGAGCCUCCAGCAAUGAGUCUCGUCGCGAGCCGAAGAGCGACAGCAACGAGAAGCGCCCCUGGAUGCCGUCCAAGAACCCGAAGGCCUUCAACGAAAAGCCCCAAGUC